CAAACAAUUUCAUAUUGUCAAAAGUUGCGAGCGAACGUGAUCGUAUCCUCUUUGUUUAUUUAAAUAUUUACUUUUAUAUUCGCGGACAGUAAUAUUUCUGAUUGGUACAAUGCAAAGCGCGUCAGAUGUGAUAUCGUCCUUGUUCUUUUUCAAAGAAGAUGGGUCUGAUGAAGAGAUAGUGAGAGAGCCACAAAUAAUCGAGCAAUUCGUGCAAAAUGUAGAGGAUUUUAGUUCUCAGUAUGGGAGCGAAAUAAGUGUUUCCUAUACAGCGUUUAAUCUUCGAGGCCCUCCUUCCAACUUUCCUGAUUAUGGAGACUACCCCCAGGCUUUUGUAAUGAGGACAUACGGAACCUGGUGGGAAGAGGCGCCAUCGGCCCAGGAGGACUACAUGCCACAGAACAGCAGCUCAAUAGGCAGCCAAGAUUUCGUGGAAGUGUCAUUUGAAAGGGCCGUGUACCCUAUGGAGGUGUCGGUGUUCGAGACGUACAACCCGGGGGCCUUGAUCCGCAUUUGGGCGUGGGGGCCCAAAUCCUGGGUUCUCCUGUGGGAGGGCGAACCGGAAUACGUCGGAGACACCCCCCGGAUCUUCAGCCCCCCUAUACGCGAGAUGAAUUUUCCUUCUAGGGUUUUAAGACUAGAGUUCAACCACAGGCUAUUGCCAUACUAUACAGAGCUGGACGCGGUACUGCUAAAAGGAAAGGAGCCAGCGAGUGUGGUCAGAAUAAAGAACACAUUCAGUUACUCCACGCUCUUCAUCCCGAAGACUCCACCUAUUGUUGAAAAAGGUCAACUUCUGAACAGGAUACUAGCAUCAAACUUACACCAAUCAAUCGUGAUCCCGAAUAACAACUGUGUUAAACAGAAACAAAUUGACACCGGACCCCCGCUUGGUGACUUCCAUCGUUUGCCUGACGAGACGAUCCUCUGCGUGAUGAAGUACUUAGACAUGCAGUCUCUAUGCCGCUGCGCUCAGGUCAACAGACACUUCAACAGGCUCGCCUCGGACGCCAUACUGUAUCGCAGCAUCGACCUCCGGCCGUACUGGCAUUGCGUGCAAUCACAGGUCCUAGUGACUUUGUCGAUGCGCUGCAAGUUCCUACAAAAGUUGGACCUGUCGUGGUGUGGGAGUCACCGUAUGAUAAAAUCUCUGUACGUCGUUAAUUUCCUAAAAGACAGCGGUGCGGAACUGACGCAUCUGCGAAUGAAUUGCUGCAAAUUCGUCGACAACUCCGUUCUUAAAACUAUUGUUGACACCUGUUCGGGUUUACAAGAACUGUGUCUCCGCUCAGUGGUAGGGUGUUCGGAGUGGGGUUGCUUAGCGGCCCUGAAGCGGCUCAAGCGGCUGGAUCUGUACAGGACCGACAUCACCACACUAGCAACCGUCUCCAUCAUCAGGGCUAACCCUGGUUUACAACAUCUUAAUGUUGGUUCCUGUAAGAUGAUAUCAGCAAUGGACGAGGUGGCGAUAGCACUAGGCACUAACUGCCCUAACCUCAUAUCUGUGGACUUUUGGAAGUCCUACUCUCUGACGCCGAACGGUAUCCGCGCGCUACACAACUGUAGGAAACUGCAGGAAUUGGAUGUAGGCUGGUGUCUUCAAGCGGGAGGUUCAGGCGAGUGGUUAUCGUGGCUAAGCGGCGGCGAGCUUCGGAAGCUGUUCCUUGGAGCGCUGCGCGGUGUGUGUGACCGCGACCUGCGCGCGUUGCUACCGCGCAUGCCUAGACUGUCUCAACUAGACCUGCUGGGCGUACGCGCUGUUACCCCUGAUAUUUGUGAAGCAAUCUUAGCAGAAUGCAAAGACCUCAGACUCCUAGACGUCAGCUUCUGUGAUCAGAUUCAGGAAUCUCAGGUUCUGGAAUGGCGCGAGCACUACCCACAUGUGAGCAUUAAACGUUCAUUCCAGUCAGCCAACCUAAACGCAGCUCCCAACGCCCUCUUCCUGGCGCCGAGCUUAGAAUAAACAAUAUACGAUUUAUAAAUUGACAGGUACGCAUUGAUAUAUAACUACCGUAAAUUGGACAUGAGCGAUCAAAAAGUGGGACGAAAAGUUAGAGCAGAAAUGGCGAUGCAUGCUCUUCUAUUCCGCAGUGCGCGAUUAGGCACCGACCUGGUAAUAUGUAGAUUUGUAUAACUCGACUGCGUUAAGAACCACAACGCGCUUUAGAUGUUAACGACGACGACCGUACCUACGUAAUUUAUGACGAUUUUAUUGACUCUAUAUAUUGCUACGUAUGAAUGUAUAGCUAUGUUAGCGUCAAGUUUUCGUCGUAUUUUUGUAUGACGCGCUUUAUGUACGGUACUUAUGUAUCAAUGAUGUAAUGUACCUAACACUACAUUAUGUAAAGUAGAUGUAGUCUUAGAAUUUGUUCUAUAGCGGGUAUUCCACCAUAAUGGAUAGAUAAUAGGUGCGAUGUUCAUCUAUCACCCAGUUCAUGAUAACAAUUUUAAGACUUCGUAUCAAAAGUGACUGUAAAUUAUCUUUUAAUUUGUGCCCGCCCAAGUCAAUUAGGAAACACGGGCGUGAAUUUAGAUAUAAUACGUGUAAUUUCAAAGGUCAAUCUCAAAAGUAGACUGAAUAUCAAUUUUAUGGCACACCUUUAAAAAAUAAAGGAGCUUACAUUUGUUAUGAUAACUUAGAUAUUGUAGGUAUUUAUAUACUAUAUUUAUAUAUACUAUUUAUAAUAUAAGUGAGUCGCUUUUUACAAUGUUGUUAUGACGGCAUAAUAUAUGUAUACCUUAUAAUUAACGGACAUAAAAGUAAUAAGAUACUAACUACCCUUACUAAUAAAAGAAAGCUUCUUUU